AUGCUUGAUGUAAAAUUACUUCAUAGAAGGGUUAGAUAUCGGAUUCAUAGAUGGUAUCAGAUUUCAUAUGAUGAUCUAGAGGCUUCUCUAUCUAGGAUUAUUAAAAUUAGUGUUAAAGAUCUUAAUUAUAAAGAUCUUGGAGAACAACUAAAGCCUACUAAAAAUAUUUUGGCAAUUGAUAGUAAUUUUGUUCAUAGAGCUUAUGAUGGGUUUGAAGAAUUUAUAAAUAGACCUAAGAAGUUAAUACCUUCUAAGAAGAAAUUAAUAGCUACACCUCGCUAUAAAGAACGAAAAAAGAUUGGUGAUGGUACUUGCUUUCAAUCCUGCCUUGAGUUUAUUGUAUUAAUUGAUGAUAAGACUUAUAAAAUGUGCUAUUUUCCUAGGAGUGGAGAUUUACAGGUGUUUGGUGUUAUAGAUGAAAAAUUUCAUUCUAGUGAGAUUGCUGUUGAGUAUAUUAUUGAUUUUCUUAAACAUAGUGGGCUUCCAGAAUUUGAAUCAGUUAGUGUUGUUAGUUAUAAUCUUUCAUUGUUGAAUUAUAAAUUUAAUGUUAUCUUACCUGAAAAUACUCUUAUUGAUAUAUCAAAAAUGCAUGAUAUCAUUUCUUCAGAUAAUUUUACUUCACCUUUUCCUAUUGACUAUGUUAGUAAUCCUCUUGAUGGAAUCUGCAAACUUUCAAUCAAGUUUAAUGCAUCUGGUAAAAAUACUCGUGUUCUUAUUUGGCCUUCUGGAAAGAUUAAUAUUAUGGGUUGUCCCUCUUUGGAUUCUAGCUUCUUGAUUUAUGAUUCUUUGAAUUCUAUAUUCAGUUACAAAAUAAAUAACCUCUUUAUUGCUUUACCUAUUCCUGAUAAAAAAUAA